AUGGCGAUUGGCAUUGGGUUGUUCGCAUGCGCGGUCUCUUCGGUAUUCUUCGGCUCCAUGUUCGUCACAAUCAAAAACCAUAAUUCCGGUGAUGGUAUAUUCGCCCAAUGGCUCAUGUCAAUGGCAAUUCUGAUCGUUGGAUUCAUCGCCUACGCGUUCAUGGAGUUCCCGGGCUUCUACCCGCUCGCGAUGAUUGGCGGUGCAUCAUGGUGUCUUGGAAACGCCACAGCGAUUCCAAUCAUUUCGCGUCUCGGCUUGGCGAUUUCAAUUCUCAUCUGGAACACGACCAACUGUCUCACCGGAUGGGCUGGCGGUCGAUUCGGGUUGUUCGGCAUGAAGGCUCAUGUUCCAGCGAGUCCCCUUCUCAAUUACCUCGGCCUCGUGUGCGUCGUCAUCGGCGGUUUCCUCUUCUCGCGUGUCAAAUCGUCGCCGACAAUGCCAGCUGCGAAGCGUCAAAGUCGAAUCUCGCUCAAAGACGUGAGCAAUGCCGAAAAGGAAGCGCUUAACUCAUCCUGCUCGGACGACGAGCUCGAGAAUGGUGAUGUGGAAGUACUCGCUUCGAACCAUCACGAAAAACACCGAAUACUCGCAAUCAUCGCCGCUUUAAUCUCCGGCUUCUUCUACGGAAUGACAUUUGUGCCUGUCAUCUACAUGAUCGACAAUCCCGACAAAUUCUCCGGCUAUCCUGUCGAUGGCCUUUCGUACGUCUUCUCGCAUUACUUCGGAAUCUUCCUAACGUCGACAUCCCUAUUUGUAGUCUACAGUUUGAUCAAAAAAAAUAAGCCAUACGUUUUGCCCGAGCUCUGCCUUCCAUCGCUUGCCGCCGGAUUCCUUUGGGCCGUCGCUCAGACCUCAUUCUUCGUCGCAAAUCAGAAUCUCUCGCAAGCUGUUACAUUCCCGAUUAUUUCAAUGGUCCCUGGAUGCAUCGCAUCCGCCUGGAGUGUCUUUUAUUUCAAAGAAAUCCAGGGCCGUCGGAAUCUGGCGAUUCUCGGAUGCGCAAUGUUCGUCACAUUAUGCGGCUCAAUGCUCACCGGAUUAUCGAAAACCAUCGAGCUUUAG